AUGCCAGUCAAAGCAGCUUUCGUUGGGGCGACUGGGGCAACUCUCAGUCAUGUCCUUGCCUGGACACUAAUGGCUGGUCACAAAGCUGCAGCACUCGUUCGAGAUGCCAACAAGUUGAGGAAAAUGCUCAUCUCGUAUGACGUCCCCGAGUCCGUCAUCGACACAAACCUCGCCAUCGUAGAGGGUCCAUCUUCCCGCUCUGUACAUGCAUGUGUUGAGCUUCUCCAUCACGAUCCCGAAAUCAUCUUCAGUGGAAUCACUGCUUUGCCCAAAUUUCAACUAAACCCAUUCAAACCCGUCUCAAUGCAAGACCUCACGAUCACGGGAGACUCAGCCGCUGUGGUUAUUGAGGCAUUGCGUCAACUCAAGAAUGCGGGGGCGAUCGAUAAUAGGCCUGUCUUUGUUCCCAUCUCUUCGACUGGGCAAGGCAUCAAACGCGACCAGCCUUUGGUCAUGAUCCCACUGUACAUCUGGCUCUUGCGCGUGCCCCAAGCUGAUACUACGGCUAUGGAGAAGGUCAUCAGGAAGUGCGCAACAGAGCCAGGAUCGCCACUCGCAGGGUACGUUAUGGUAAGACCACCUCUGCUGACUGAUGGCCCAAAGAAAGGUCUUGAGAGCCUCAGGGUGGGCUGGACCGUUGAGGAUGCUGGCCUAGUUGAAGGUGCCGUUCAGGAGCCAGGAGUUACCGUAGGUUAUACGGUUAGCAGGUUGGAUUUGGCGAACUGGAUGUUCGAAGAGCUUGUUCAAGGAAACAUUAUGGCGUGGAAGGGGAAGUGUGUGACAGUUACAUAUUAG